UGGCAGCGGCGGCGGCUGCGGCUCGGGCUCUUCCGGGCGCCGCAGCUUCCUGCCGAGCACCGCGCAGCCGCCUCCGCCGCGGAAGCCCCAGGUGCAGGCCUCGGCGCCGGUGCGGGACCGGGGCUCCGCCGCGCGCGCGCGCCCCGCGGGGCCCGGCGCCGCCCGACCGCACGAUGCGCGCCGCGCCGUCGCCCGCGCCGCUCCUGCCGCUGCUGCUGCUGCUGCUCGCGCUCCUGGCCGCGCCCGCCGCCCGCGCCCGCAGAGCCGAGUCCGCCCCGGCGCCGCAGCCCCAAGCCGAACGCCAGCCGCGGCCGUCGCCCGGCCCGGGGCCCGGCAACGCCACCCGGACGGGGUCUGGGGCCGCGGCGGCGGCGGCGGGCGGCGGCGGCGGCAGCUCCAACAGCAGCGGCGACGCCCUGGUGACCCGCAUCUCCAGCCUGCUCCGCGACCUGCCCACCCUGAAGGCGGCCGUGAUAGUGGCGUGCGCCUUCACCGCGCUGCUCAUCGCCUGCCUGCUGCUGCGCGUCUUCAGGUCGGGAAAGAGGUUGAAGAAGACCCGCAAGUAUGACAUCAUCACUACUCCAGCCGAGCGAGUGGAAAUGGCCCCGCUGAACGAAGAAGAUGAUGAGGAUGAGGACUCCACAGUAUUUGACAUCAAAUACAGGUAAAAUCUAUAUCCAGCAUGUUAGCAUCCUGUGGAACGUUGGUCAGCUGCAGCCUGGGAUGUGAAGGAUCUGGAAGCUGUCUUGUCUGAGAUGUUGAAACCAAAACAAACACUAUGAAACGCUGGCACAGUUGUGUGUGUCGCACAUCAGCUCAGAAUAUCACUGCAGGAGAGUCGCCUCUACCACCCUCUGGAUGCCCCUUUAAAAUGUCACCCUGUCUUCCUCAAGAGGGUUUUUGCCUUGCUACGGGGCAAGGGAUAGAAACAUUUUGACUUAAAAAAAGUAACUUUAAGGCAACUGUUCACAAAAGUAAAGAGAUCAGAAGUUAACAGGAACCUAAAAAAAAAAAAAGCCUAGAGGAUAUUCAGCUUCUAAUUUCUGAUAUUCUGCUCUCCUGGAUCUACGACAUUCUAGACGUCUGACCCUUCAGUGGUCUUUUGGGCUUGGCCAAGUUCUGGCCUUUGGUGACAGCUAUGUGAAAGUUCAAAGUUGAAAUGUUUAGAGCCAGCCAGCCCUAGCAGAAAUAUACUGGUGUUUGUGGCUC